UUAUCAAAAACAGAAAUCAUCGAACGAACUAAAAAAUAUCACAAAUCGGUGAAAAUUUUCGUGUUUUCAUUGUUACGGUGGAGUAUAUAGAUAAGAGGUGGCACAUAGAUUGCUACGGUAUUUGUGGUUGGCGAAGUUUGGUGGAAACAAAUAACUCAGCAUGUCUAUAACGGAGAGAAUUCGACAAAGCUAUUGGUUCGAAAACAUUUCAAGGAAAACCAUUGUUGCUACAUUGGUAGCAUCGUUGCUGUUCUUUACAGGAUGGUGGAUUAUCAUCGACACGGCGUCGGUGUACCCGAGUGCGUUUAACUUUUCGUACUACAUUUGUGGCAUUCUUGCUACCAUUAGCUUUAUAAUGGUGAAUGCAAUUUCUAACGAAAUGCUUCACGGAAGCGCAGGUUUUACCGGGGGCAUUCUUGGUGAAAGUGGCAUCAAGGUGUUCCUGUUCGCUGGCUUCGUGCUUGGAUUUACUGCCAUCAUAGCGGCCAUAUGGAUCAUGAUUGCCGAUUUCGCCGUCAACGAAUCUCGAACCGACAAGUAUCCCGGUUACGCACUGCUCAUGCAUAACGUAUUUAUUUUCUUCUCGAUGAUCAUCUACAAGUUCGGGCGUCAUAGUGAAUCUGAUUAUUUGGGUGGCUACUAAACACUACGCUUCACAUUACGCCUACAUACCAACCGCUUAUCAACGUAUCAUAGUUUCA